CUUCUUCUUCUCAUUCCAGCUAUCACCGUUCAAGCGCAAACACAACAAAAACGUUCAUCGCGCAUCACCAGCUCUCGCAGUUUCGGUACAAAUGUCAAAGCGUCCGCCUCGAAUGGUAUUAAUUUCGAUUGCCCCGAAGAGUUUGGCUACUAUCCGCAUCCGUCCGAUUGUACACAGUAUUAUGUGUGUGUAUUCGGUGGCGCAUUGCUCGAAAGUUGCACCGGCGGAUUGAUGUAUUCGCAUGAGCUACAAACCUGUGAUUGGCCACGCAAUGUGGGUUGUGAAGUUGUCGAUAAUAGCGCCGCGUCCCUAGGCAGCACUGGUAGCGCUGGUGGCACACGUUCGGGCAAGCAACAACAACAACAACAACAACAAUCAAUUAACAGUCAACAUGUGCCAAGUCGUAUACGUUUCGGUUCGGCAUUUAGCAGUCCGGCAGGCACAACACAGUCACCGAAGGCAACAGUGCCACCGCAAUAUCAUCGCCAGCCACCGCAGGUCAUACAGGCGCAGGUGCAGUCAUUGCCACAGCAUGCGGGCACAGUGAUUGGUACGCGUGGACAGCCGAAACCAUUCGAUACACAAGAGGAUAUAGCGAAGCUUUAUGCUGACGCACAUGAGACGCUGCCCCCAGUCGAAGAGGAGGAAAGCGAUCGUCAGCAGCGCGUCUAUCGCGGCCAACCAAGUACAGUCAGUCAGGUGCAACGCGAUCGUGAUGGCAUCUUACACCAAGCGAGCAUCAAUGCCAUACCAAAUCAUGGCAAAAUCGGUUCCUACGCCUUCGGCUCUCAAUUUAGCCGGAACCACCACAUUGACCUCAACUUAAACAACAAUGAUCUUUGUAUCGAAACCCUACUUGAAGAAAACGACUUGGCUGACGUUGAACUGGGCAGCGAUGAAACUACUACGCACAAACGCGUGAAACGGGACUUAAAUGUCCCCAAUAAUGAAGACACCAAAAUCGUUUACAACAUCGGUGAAAUUUUAAAGACUGAUAAGAAUCCAAAGACUUUAGGCGAAACGCGGGCGCUGCAGUACAAUACUGGUGAGAUUUUGAAGACUGAAGAACACCAAAGGACGUUAGACAAACCAAAGAUCGCGACAUAUUUAAACACUGACGAAAUACAAACUGCAACGACGGGCGACGUGAGACCAUUUCCGAGCACUAAAGAACUUGGUUAUGCGAUGGCCAAAGAGAGCAGCGAACAAAAGGGCCUACCUUUGUACAAUGAAAACACGACAGUGCAAAACACACAAGUGCAGCCGGCGCAGAAAUUCGUGGAAACUGAGGAAAAUAUGCAAGAAUCGAUAAUGGAAAUUGUAGAGCAAAUAUUGGAAGAACUAAAGGGAGCCGGUGAUCAGCCAGAGAAGUCAACAGAUGGCGCGCAAGAGCACUUGGAGCAAGCAGAUAUGCAGAACACACAAGUGCAGCCGGCGCAGACAUUCGUGGAAGCUGAGGAAAAUAUGCAAGAAUCGAUAAUGGAAAUUGUAGAGCAAAUUCUGGAAGAACUAAAGGGAGCCGGUGGUCAGCCAGAGAAGUCAACAGAUGGCGCGCAAGAGCACUUGGAGCAAGCAGAUAGCGCGACCUCAUCCGAGACCACCGCAAGUAGCAAGCGCAUUGAUGAACUCAACACAGAAACCGGCCGUGAAAUGCCCAACUCAGCCGGGGAUCCCAUUAUGGAGACGCUUAACAAUAUUGCCGCACUCCUCGACAUGGACUACGACACCGAUGCUGCAAAUGAUAGCACAGCUGUCGAAGCGCGUAUGCGUGGCACACGUCAGCUGCGGCAAUACUUCAGUGGAGGCGCACGCUAUCAGAUACAAAAUGUGCCCGGCACACAUUAUCGUUCCAUUGAUGCUGGUGGUGGCCCAUAUCAACAACAGCAAUCGAGCAUCAGCUUUGGUGCGUACAACCCCUAUUUGUCGCCGCCCUCCACCUCAGCUAACUACAAUCAAUUGAGUCCUGGAUAUCAGGUAUAUCCACAGCAGCAGCAACUGCAGCGGCCACAAACCUUUGGCGGUGGUGGCGUUCCAAAGCAUAAAUUCACCUACACCGCGGCAUUGAAUCCACCACCGCCACCGGCAACAGCGCCGCUAAUAGAAGAUGACUUUCGACCGAUGGCGGCUAAUUACUAUCGCACGACAACUACACUACGGCCAUCGACAACCGCUCGGCGUCCAAAUCUCUUCAACAAUCCCGAACUGAUACCGUACAUACUGCAGUCACUGCGCGAGUACCAGGAGCAGCGCAAAAAGAUGCAGCAGCAGAAUUUUCAAUAUUUCCAUUUAGAGAAUGGAGACUCGGACGUCGCCACGCUGCCGCAAAUGCCACACUAUCAGUCAACAAAAACGCCACUGAAGGUCACCUCCAACACACAUUUUGCGCAAUUCAGCACUAUGGGUGGCUUCUACAAUAACCAGCACAGUAGCCAGGAGGAGGUGAGCGGCGAUUACAAACCGACUGUGAAGUAUCCCUCCAAAUUGGUCUCGCAAUACAGCAUAGUUGACAAUUAUAUACCCACCACAACGGAAAGCAACUACUACAAGUACAAUUUGUUGGCCAACCAAAAAAUGAAGGGCACGUACCAUUCGACGCCGGUGCCCAGGUAUACGACUCAAGCGCCACCCACUUCGAAUAUCAAUAUAAUUUCAGCGCCGAAUUUAACGCCAUCGCACGUGACCACGACGACUACCAAGUUUCCCAAAUACAACAGCUUCGAGAAGUAUCCGCAGAGCCUCGCUUUCUCAAACAAUUCAGCACAGUUUCCGGAGUCCUAUCAGGUCUUCACCAAAGUGCGUACGUCUACAAUAUCACCGAAAUUGAAGAUUUCUCAUCCCACCAGCUCAACGGUAACCACAACUAAUGCGCCUCAGUCCUCCCGCAAGCCGGCUUUGACUCUGCAGUUCAACGUGCCCGAGUUCGUUGCAAGUUUGCAGUCCUCCGACUUGGCCAAUAUGAAUCCGCAAGUGGUCAAUAUGAUCAAAUAUUUCAAGCAGCUGAAUGCACCACAGCCAGGGCGUAAACCAGUCACUACCAGCACCAAAACUAGUCAACCUAAUAAGCAUGUUGAACAGUACGACGAGCAAAUCGAAGCUACAACCGAGCAAAAUAGGCAACGGCCAACUGUGACACCCACGAGGCGUCCAGUGAAAGGCUACGAAGAUUUCCUGAAGAGCAUACCCAAUCAGUCACAUAAAUUCAAUGCACAUAGCAUACACCAAGGCAGACCAUUCAGUACGACCACUAGCAGCACGAUCGCGCCCGACUACUACGAUGAGUACGGCGAAGAAGAAGAAGACGAGUCGCUUGGUACUGACAGCGAUGAUGACAUCAUGCCACCCUCGCAAAUGCCACCGUACAUGCCCAUGUCUGAGACAAUGGCGCCACCACGUCCACAAUUUAUGCCGGCUGCGACACCUACGCCUACAACAUCGACACCGGCUAGCGCACAGCACGCGAAACCAAACUUUCAGACGGGCUUCUUCGAGGCGACCACGACGCGUGGUCCGUUUGGUGGUGCUGUGCAUUUCCACCAAUUCUAUCAAACAACAGCGAGCACGCAGGGUACUAAGCAGCACAAUCAAAUACCUUCGUUCAUCAACUUUCCCAGCGAUAUAUUUCAAGAUAUCAAACAACGUCUGCCGCCAAGGCCGCAAUUGGGUUCGACUGUACCGACUUUGACUAACAAUAUUAACAAUAAUGUACGAUUUACGAUCACAAGGACGACAACGACACCCGCGCCGCAUACCACUACAACAAGGGCACCAAGCACAACAACCACCAUGACGACAACGACGACACAACGCACGCGCUACACAGUACGGCCGUCAAUUCGUCAACGUGGUCAGAGUAAAUGGCAAACCAGCGACAGUAGCAACAAGGAGUUGAACAACGUUCAGCAUGGUAGUAAUUACAACAGCAACAGCAAAGGCAACAAGACCGAUUUUGGCGCGCAAAGUUUUCGUAAGCGGCCCGCAGCCACACCAGCGUCCUCGGCUUUGGGUUCGGUGCAAUUGAACGUGAAUAUGCACUUGGACGACGUGGCGGACAGUGGACAAAGGGAAGCAUCAGAGCAUUUACCGGUCUUCAAUAUAAACGAGAACCUGAUGACACGCCAAGCCUUGGAUUUGUGUUCAGACUUCACGUCAACUACACGAUACGUCCAGCGUGCCGCAAGUAUGAUGGCAUCGGGUACCAGAAACUUGAAGGUUUUGGACGAGUUUAUCGCCCAAACCAGACCCGAAUCAUCCUCGCCAUCAUCACCACAAUCGCAAUUGCCGCCCAGUCAUUAUGCACAGCAACAGCAACAACAACAACAACGUCCACCGACUGGCGUGAUUGUGGAGGCGAUACCAUCAACAUCAUCCAUACAAAAUCCCAAUCGUAAUUACUAUAACACAACGGCAUUAUUAAAUCAUGCGGGCUAUGAGUCACAAGCAAACAUACACCUCCAACAACAACAACAACAUCAUCAUCAGUUGCAUCAGACUCAGCAACAGGCUGAUGAGCAACAACAAUUAGUUGGGUUGCAUAAUCAACAUCAGCAACAACAACAGCAGCAACACCAACAACAACAUCAGCAGCAACAGCAACAAGCACCGCAACAAUCCAACCAGGAGCAAAGCUCCUAUGAACAAUAUUACUCAGUUUAUGAUGAUGAUCUUGAUUUGUAUAGGGAUAUAGAAUAUCAGCAGCAGCAGCAACAGCAGCAGCAGCAACAACAGCCACCACCGCAGCAACAAUAUCAGCCGCCGCCACAACAACAACAACAACACCAACAACAGCCUGUACGUCAACAACCCGUUCAACAAUCGACCUAUCGUCCGUUGGAAAUAUUGACAACACCAGCGCCACGAGAGACUUAUAAGCCACAAGAGAAGCCUACUUACAACAAUAAUCAACAAUCGUUGAUCUAUAAUACAGACUAUGAUGAGGAUCUGAUUGCACAGAUCGAGCAGGAUAAUGUGUAUGAUCAGCCGACACGUCCGCCACUGAGAUCUAAAACGCAUGCAAAUAAAUACCAAAAGAACCAACGUACGCAAUCCAAUCCACCACAACAACCACCUUCCGCAAUCAAAACACCACCCCCAUCUCCAACUCCACCUACAUCUUCCCCAACUCCAACGCAAAGAACAACAAGCAUACCAACCGCCAUUACAACGACAACAUCCACACAAAAACCCCAACCGUUUCCCAGUGCACAUUAUUCUAACUCGGACGAGACGUUUGUCACGGUAGUCUCCAAGCCGCACAGUCUCGCCGCACAAAACCCAAAUAUACCAGAACAAAACAGAAAUCCCUCUAACACGCCCAAUACACCGCAGUCCCAGUCAUCCUUGUUAGGUUUUCAAACGGUGGACGACAUUGAAACUAUCUCCGACGCCAGUCAAAACGUACACGUACAGACAGCUGAACCCUUUAGAAGUGCUGGUCGUCCGUUUGAGUCAAGCACUGCUCUUAACGGUAGGGGAAAAUUUUUGGCUGUCAUUGACAAAGUGGAGACGUAUGCUGACGGUUCGCAUGGCAAUUCGGUACGCGCAAUUAGUGAUAAAGUCAUUUCACAUGAAAAAUAUGGAUCCCACGAGAAUGCCUAUCGCAGCAGCAAGCAAUCGAAUGAGCACUAUGGUAAAAUAAGUGACGUCAAAUCACCACAGAAGAGCCGUUUGCAAAGCUAUAUUGUCUCCGAUGUCGCGCCGCAGAGUUUCAAACCCGUGCCAACCGUUAAAGAGGUUGCGUUGCCAUCUCCAGAGCCUGAGACUGUUUUAGAGCUUAUAAGCGGUGAGAGCUCCGCAUCCAGCACUACACUUCGUUACCCCACAAACAUAGUCUACGAGCCGAAACCUUUUAAGUAUAAUCUACACACAGGUGCAAAUGGUUUUAGUUUGCGCGCGCAAGGCGCAGAGGAGGCGGGGAAACCCAUCUAUGAGCGUAGACCAAAUGUGACGCCGCAACAGCUUUCGACGACAAAUCGUGCGAUAGCGACGCCAAGCGCAGCCACUAGCACUACCAGCACAACUACAAACAAGCCAACACAGCGAGCCCUCUUGCCCGAGGCUUCGUACGAGGAUGAAAUUGUGCCAACCACAUACGCACCGCCUUUGCGAAACGGCUGGCGUGUGGGCCGCACUAGCACACGGCCAUUGCAGCACAUCGUUUUGGAGACGAAUAUUGAGGAUGACCAUGUCUCUAGUUCGGGCAGCGAGCAAAGCGUGGUGAGGGCAUUGAAGGAAACCAGCACUGUGCGUCCAACCACGAGCAGCAGCACCACAACGUCGACAACUACAACGCCACGUACUACUAGCAGCACUACGACCAGCACCACAACCACAACUACAACUACAACAACAACCACAACGACGACGCCUGCGCCUGCGCCAGCGCCCGCAUUUGUAUUUCCCACCACAGAACGUGCUGCACAGAGUUACACACCGCGCGCGCUCAGCUUCAAAGAUAACCUAAUCAAAACCACCGGCAUUCCUGCGCAGCGCUUUGUCUCGCCAUAUAAAAGCCUUGAGACUAUACUUCAAGAGAAAGAUGAUCGCUACACGGGCGCAAACUCACUCCGCAGCACCGUUAAGCCACGUUAUAUGAACCCAACAACACCCUCAACAUUCACACAAAGCACCAGCAAGCCCCUACGCAGCUACUUCCUCAUCACAACUCCUCCAAGGAAUCUUAGUGACUCGAUUUUUGCCACAGCUUCGACAGGCAUACGGAAUUUCAGCGUGAGCGAUACCAUACUCAGCACCUUUUCAAAUACACCACCCAGAUCUGCUGCGCCGCCGCAAUCUUUGGCUAGCACCACGUCUACGACAACGACCACCAAAGCGCCCACCACCGAGGCUACAACUGAGAGUACAACACCGACGACGAUGUCCACAGUCAUUGUUACCGCACCUAUACGCAUCGCAGUUUCAAGCCAAAACACACUGAGAGCUCAACCCCUGGGAAGUGAUUAUGGCGGCGGAAAAAGUUCGGAGACACCACGUCCACGCGGACGCUCACGUUACUCUGCGGCGACAGUAAAUGCAUUCGAAGAACCAACAACCUAUGCGCCAAGAGUACGCUACCCAGGUGCCAGCGCAGCCGGUUAUGAAGCUGUCACGUCUUCGCCCAACGAUAGCUAUACAAAAAGGCGAACGCUGCAACGCGCACGCAUCGCGGCCAUACAGGGUCAACGUAGUGGACUGAGCGCGAAUGCACCGCUGAAGUCUCGCGAAAAAUAUGAAAGCUACAAGGCCGAGCAGCAACAGAAACAGGCUACUAUUACGGCGUACGGGCAAACGGCACAGAAGUCGGUGAAUCGAAAACCGAUUGAGAACGAAUCGACUGUGGAG